GCUUCAGGGAUGGGACGCGGACACCUUGGGACCUCAGAUCUGCAGGUGGGGCGACCCCGAUCCGCAGGUGGGGCCGGGCGGAGCUUGGUGGCGGCCCGGAGUGCCCCGCGCGCUCCCCCUGGUCACAGGCAGAGGGUGCUUGGGAGCGCCGCGCCGCGGGGACCGGGUCAGUGCGGUGCUGUCCACUGCUCCGGGAGCCCCACGCAGGAACCCCUCCCCACGCCCCCACUCCUCUCCUCUGCACAGCGCCGCCGGGCUCGCGGCCGCUCCGAGCACUUUCUGUGCGCCCGCACCUGAGUGUCACCCUCACCCCAACUCCAACGGAACGGUCCAACAAGGGGACCCCACGGCUUACCACCGUGAGCCAACCCCCCAACGACCGUGUUUGCCGGGGUCCCUCCUGCCGGGUCACCCGCGGUGAAAUAGGCGAGCUGGGCUUCCUCGCCUCUACAGCCCCUCGCGUUGGUGCCGCAGCUCCGCAGAGAAGCAGUGUUUAAGGGGUGAGUGGGGGAGAGAGCUGGCGUCAGACGGGUGCGACCCAGAGUGAACUGCAGCUCCCGAGGGCGGCAGAGCGCGGGGAUGCCCGAGGCCCCUUUGUGUCCGAGGCGGCGUCCUGUUCCUAAGCCAGAAGCCCCAGCAGGCUGGCUCCGGUGAAGACUGAUGUUGGAAGCUGGAAGUGAAGACAUUGGAAAGAUGGGCAGCGGACGCAUCUUGAAGUGCCGUCAGCUGUAACCAAGAUUCCUGACUUCAAAACGGCAGCCCAACGUCCUGGAUCGCCAGAACCCAAGACCAUGGAGCUCUCUGACAGUGACCGACCUGUCAGCUUUGGCUCCACCUCAUCUUCUGCCUCUUCCCGGGACAGCCACGGUUCCUUUGGGAGCAGGAUGACCUUGGUUUCCAACAGCCACCUGGGCCUGUUUCACCAGGACAAGGAAGCAGGGGCCAUAAAACUGGAGCUGGUUCCAGCCCGGCCGUUUUCCAGCAGCAAGCUGCAGAGAGACAGCCCUGUGGGGCCGCAGAACAUGGACCACAGCAGCGAGGGGCAGCCCAGGGCUCCGUGGGGCACAGAAGCCAAUGGGGUGCCCAACGUAACUGCAGACUCAGCUACCAGUCCCAAGCUCCUCUAUGUGGAUAGAGUUGUGCAGGAAAUUCUGGAGACUGAAAGGACUUAUGUGCAGGAUUUAAAAAGCAUCGUGGAGGAUUACCUGGACUGUAUCAGGGACCAGACAAAACUUCCCCUGGGAACUGAAGAUCGAGCUGCCCUUUUUGGAAACAUACAAGAUAUCUACCACUUCAAUAGUGAACUUCUACAAGACUUGGAAAACUGUGAAAAUGAUCCAGUGGCCAUAGCAGAAUGUUUUGUGUCCAAGAGUGAAGAGUUCCACAUUUAUACCCAGUACUGCACUAACUACCCAAGGUCAGUGGCUGUGCUAACCGAGUGCAUGAGGAACAAGGUGCUGGCCAAGUUCUUCCGGGAGCGGCAGGAGACGCUGAAGCACUCGCUGCCUCUGGGAUCCUACCUCCUGAAGCCGGUGCAGCGGAUCCUCAAGUACCACCUCCUCCUGCACGAAAUAGAAAAUCACCUUGACAAGGACACAGAUGGCUACGACGUGGUGCUCGAUGCCAUAGACACAAUGCAGCGUGUGGCCUGGCACAUCAAUGACAUGAAGCGGAAGCAUGAGCAUGCCGUGCGGCUGCAGGAGAUCCAGAGCUUGCUCACCAACUGGAAGGGGCCAGACCUGACCAGCUAUGGGGAACUGGUGCUGGAAGGGACCUUCCGCCUCCAGCGGGCCAAGAACGAGCGGACGCUCUUCCUUCUGGACAAGCUGCUCCUCAUUACCAAGAAGAGGGACGACACAUUUACGUACAAAGCUCACAUCUUGUGUGGCAACCUCAUGCUGGUAGAAGUGAUACCGAAGGAGCCGCUCGGCUUCAGCGUCUUCCACUACAAGAACCCCAAGGUGCAGCACACUGUUCAGGCUAAAUCCCAGCAGGACAAGCGCCUCUGGGUCCUGCACCUGAAGAGACUAAUCCUGGAGAACCACGCAGCCAAGAUUCCAGCCAAGGCCAAGCAAGCCAUACUUGAAAUGGAUGCCAUCCACCACCCAGGCUUCUGUUACAGCCCCGAGGGGGAGACGAAAGCGCUCUGCAGCUCGAAAGAAGGCUCUGCGCCCUACCGGCUGAGAAGAAAGUCUGAGCCUUCCUCGCGAUCACAUAAAGUCUUGAAGACCAGUGAAACAGCACAAGACAUCCAAAAGGUUUCUAGAGAGGAAGGUUCUGCCCAGCCGACUUCCAUGGGGCCUUCUCCUGCCCAGAGGAACAGUCAGCCCAGUGCCUCUGCUAUUCUCAGUGUACUUCGGGGAGGUGGCACCAUCCGGAACAUCUGGACCGAUCACCAGAUCAGGCAGGCCCUGUUCCCCAGCCGCCGCUGCCCGCAGGAGAAUGAGGAUGAUGAAGAUGACUACCAGAUGUUUGUGCCUUCCUUCUCCUCCUCGGAUUUGAACUCGGUCAGGCUGUGCGAAGAGAGCAGCACUUCGAGUCGUCCUUGCAGCUGGCAUAUGGGGCAGAUUGAGUCCACAGAGACCUCAGGAGCUGGCCACAGGGUUGUCCGGCGGGCCAGCAGCGCUGGGGAGAGCAACACGUGCCCUCCUGAGAUAAGGAUUAAGGAUAGCAAUGGCUCUCAGUACAACCCCCAAAGGGAUCUGCAGAAUAGGCCUCACACGGAAGGGCAGGAAGGGACGAAUCCUUUCGGGUCAGCAGUAGAGCUGACGAUUGAUGAUAUAGACCAUGUCUAUGAUAACAUAAGUUAUGAGGACUUGAAGCUAAUGGUUGCUAAGCGGGAAGAACCUCCCUCUACUCCCCUCAAAUCAGCCCGGGAUUCAGCUCGCCCUAAGAGCACCCCAGAGCUCGCCUUCUCACAGAGGCAAGCUGGCCACAGCCCAAGCCCUCUCCACACAAGGAGAGACGGUGCGCUCAGCAGCCAGGAGGCAGCUAAUCAAAGUGUGCAGGAGCUGCAGGUGGAGGAAGAGAACGUCUAUGACACUAUCCGGCUCCCAGAGCCACCAUCACUGGACUUCAAGGGCAGCAGCCUAACGCGGUCCAAAAGGAGCACCUUCUUGGGUCUCGAGGCAGACUUCACAUGUUGCGACAGCCUAAGGCCCUUUGUGUCCCAGGACAGCCUUCAGCUGAGUGAGGAUGAUGGGCCUUACCCCCAGGGGCCUCAGGACAGUGACUAUUUGAGCUUGCUGUAUAACUCUUCCAGCUGUAACGUGUCUUUAGCCGAUAAGACCCUGUCUGAUAAACUGUCUGAGGAAGUAGAUGAAAUCUGGAAUGACCUAGAAAAUUACAUUAAGAAAAAUGAGGAUAAAGCUAGGGACCGUCUCCUGGCAGCGUUUCCCGUGAGCAAAGACGACGUGCCGGGCAGGCUGCACGCGGAGAGCACCCCUGAGCUGAGCCGGGACGCAGGGCGCACCACAUCCACACUCUCCCUUCCCGAGAGCCAGGCUUUCCUCACACCAGUGAAAAGCAGGGUGGUCCGGCCUGGCCGCACCAGCUGCCCACCAGAGGAAGACCUGAUUUCCACAGAAGGCUCCUUUCUGAGUCUCAGCCGGUUCUCCAUGGCCAGUGAGAGCCCUGCUGUGGACAGCCCGUAUGAUCUGGUCAGCAGUACUCUGUCCCAGACAGACCCGGAGAGCCCCGACCCUGGCCUGGAUGGCACAGAUAAGACCAAAAGCCGGGUCUUCAUGAUGGCAAGGCAGUACAGCCAGAAGAUCAAGAAGGCAAAUCAACUUUUGAAAGUGAGGACCUCAGAGCUGGAGCCUCAGCCAACCAGUCAGCAUCAGAAACCUGCACCCAAGGACCUGGCAGCUAUCCUAGAGGAGAAGAGGCAAGGCGGCCCCGCCAUUGGUGCCAGGAUUGCUGAGUACUCCCAACUGUAUGACCAGAUUGUGUUCAGGGAGACACCCCCUAAAAUUCAGAAGGACGGCUGGGCCAGCACACAGGACCCCUCCCUCCUCCGGCCUGCCUCACCUUCCCAGGCCCACCACGCCAGUGAGAACUGGCUUUGGCAUUCGACCUACAGUAACGGAGAGUUGGCAGACUUCUGUCCCCCACCAGAGCAAGACUUGAGGUCAAGGUAUCCCACUUUAGAAACAAGUACUAAAAGCCCUCCUAGACACUUGUCUGCUGCUUGCUCGGUGCCUUCUCUGCAAGUAUGUGACCCCCUGCCAGGCUCAGUGGUGCAGAGGUGCAGCGUAGUGGUCAGUCAGCCCCACAAAGAGAACUCCUGGCAGGGCCACCUUUACAACUCCCUGGGUCGCAAAGGCGCAAGUGCUAAAGCUCAGUCCUAUAACAGGUCCCAGUCCUCCACCUCCGUCUUGAUCAACAAAUCACUGGACUCCAUCACCUACCCCAGUGAGCUGGGCAAGCUGCAGCUGUCCCCUUUACACCUGGGUUCCAGGAGUGGAAGCCACCAGGAUUUGCUGCCGGGUAUUACUGACACAGCUCUCCCAGGCUCUGAAAAGGGCUCCGAUCUCACACUCCAAGACUCCCAGAAAGUUCUGGUAGUAAAUAGAAAUUUAAAUGCCCAAAUAGCAAAACAGAACUAUUUUUCCAACUUCAAAGAAACUGAAGGAGAUGAAGAUGACUAUGUGGAAAUCAAGUCAGAGGAAGAGGAGGCAGAGUUGGAGCUGCCUCAGGGUCACAGAAGGAAAUCUGACUCCAGGAUGGUGGACAAUGACUGUGCCGAUAACCUCUGCGGCAGCCACACAUCUUAUGCUUUGAAUACUCCAUGUGCUCCAAAAGAGCCAAGAGGCAGCAAACUUGGACUUUCACCGUAUCUAGCAACUUAUAAUGAUUCUGACAAACUGAAUGACUAUCUCUGGCGGGGACCACCACCCAGCCAACAAAACAUUGUCCAGUCUCUAAGGGAAAAGUUUCAGUGUCUCAGUUCAAGCAGCUUUGCCUAAAGUUCUGAACAGCAGCUGGCCUAAAUUAACGACUUCUUGUGCCCAUAGGUUACAGAUACUGUACUGAGGAGGUGUUUUAUUUGUACCAGGUUAAAACAAUUUUGUAAUGACAGGAGGUGUAAAGUAUACUUUGUUUUGAAGCACAACUUUUUGAACCAGUUGAUCAGACAGUCAGGAUCAUAGCAAAUGUCAGCAUCCAAGCAUCUUUUUUUAUGUCAAUUGUUUUCAUGUUUCAUGUAACCCAAUCUUACUUGAAAUUUCUUAGGCUUGUUUCUUAACAUCACUAUGAUUUUUUUCCAUAUCCUGACAAUAGUGUCCAUACUUUAAGAAAUGCAAUAAUCCUCUAUUGCCCAGAAGCGCCCCAAGUAGCUUUAUCUACAAGUUCAGAAACAGCAAGGAGACCUUCUUCACAUAAUUUAAAAGGAAAGAAAACUAAAGCUGCUUAAGGAAUUAUGCAUAUAUCUGAUAUUUUUGUGACAUUUAUGAUAAGGCCCUGGAAUAAUUUAUGCCAGAGAUCUGUGAUUGGAAUGUAGUCUUGGUGCCUGUUUUCAGAUUUCUUCACUGGUAUUUCUAUAUCAUUUCUUUUUGAUGUAGAAAGCGUGUGACUUAGAAAAUUAAAAUGUAGCAGGACCAACUUGCAAUAAGCAAAAAUUUUACCUGUAUUUUUGGACAAGGCCUGGAUUAUGUGCUGCUUAUCAUGUUGUUUAUAUGACCUGUGGGGUGAAAUGAACUGUUUCCUUCAUGGCUUAAAGAAAACCAAGUUUAAUAAAAUGUAAACUUGACUUACCUACUAGAAAAGACAGACUGCCUUCUGGUGACAACCUGAUUAUCGUUCAUAAUACAACUGAAAGAGGGGGAGAAACAACCAAAGACGCCUCACCACACCACGGUGUAUGGCCAUUUCUAACAAACACAAAACCAGAAGCUACUGAAAGGCAAACACAUUCAAGUUCCUCUUUCCAGAGCAGUGUUUCACUCGUACUUUCAUGAGUUCUGGACUCUGCCAAAGAACCUUCUAGCUCCCAGCCCUCGGGAAUUGCCAGAGGAAGGAGGAAAAAAUUUAUUUUCUAAAUAAUACAUAAUAUGUGGGCUUUUUUCGUUGUUUUGAGACAUAUCAAAGAAGUUUUGUUUACUAGGUUCUGACAAAUAAUAUGUUACAGUCUUUAUAAAGCAUUUCUUUGUGAUGUUAUACAUUAUCCUAGCUCCUCAUGGAAAGAAACAAGACCAAAAGGAAGACACUGAAUAAAAACCCUCCCUUAGAACCCCAAGAAUAUUUUCCCACAGUGCCCUUUGUAUUCUUAUUUUUAAGCAGCUGUAUAUUCUGUGGCCGUUCCUUUCUUGUUUCCAUCUUACUUUCUUUUCUCUUUAUUCUAACUUAAUAAGUUUCCAUUUUUAAAACUAUGAUUAUUCAUGUAGAGAAAGGGCCGAGGAUUUUCCCUGAAAGGUAAGCAAUAACAUCAAAUCUGUGGCAUCUUACUGUAAUCUUUUCCCUCUUUUUAAGCCCUGUGCCCUUUUCAUGCCUGUAAAGCAUAAAAUGUGACUAUAUUUUUUAUAAAUAGGUACCUAAGGUAGUUUUCUUUCAUUUUAAAUAACAAAACAAUGCAAAUUUCUUGUUCUUCAAGCCAGUCUCUCUCCGCAUAGCCACAGGCUGAAGAUGCAGCUCAGUGGUAGAGACCCUGUCUGCCAUGCAUGGAGUCCUGGGAUCCGUCCCCAGUACAUGAAAAAUAAGUCCACAUGAAAUGGGAUGGUUCUGCAAAAUACCGUCCUUUACUGCUCUUAAUUAGGUGUGGUAUGAGCUUUCAAUAUUAAGCAGUAACAAAAAGGACAGCGCCACGAGAAAGUAUGUGCUGAGGCUUGCUAGAGGUGUAUGGGAGCGCAUUUGCAUUGCUUGUUUAAACCAAGUUUCCCUGACUCCUGUCCAGGAACACAGUCUCCAUUUUUCAUUUUUGGUCUGUGAAUCCCAAAUUCUACCCCACAUUACUGUUGCAUCUGAGUCUCAGAAAGUACUAGUUCUUUGCCCUGGUGUCUCCUUGUGUUGUCGUCACCUGAAGGGACGCAGCCACGCACAAAGGCGGAUGUUGUCUAUACACAGUCUCUGGUCCUUCAGCUUUCAGGACCGGUAUGCAGUUUUGUGGACCACUUCUGCGGGCCAGAAAGCAGAUUUUGAAAGCUGUGUGGGUGUAUAUAGUCAUAUUUGUCUGUAUCCUGAGCUAUCAUUUAAGAGCUUUUGUUUAAAUGAAUUUCUUGGGGCCAGGCGUGGGGAUGUAUAUAAUGGAGAGUGAAAGCUGUAUGUAUUUGCAAGUUUUCACUGAGUUCCUGUAUGAAAGUAUGAAAAUUUUUUCACAUACUCUAUUCUUUGUAGGAAAACGCACCUAGAAAGUAUAGUUUAAAUCCUAUAUAGAAGGUAAUGAAUGUUGGUAGUACCCAUUAUUUAAUAAAGUUUGUAAAGUGCAA